CAGUUUUGGGAAAUUUGAAUCGGUCGACUCAAUCAAUGUGUUGAUCGAUUUUCUGCUCAAUAAAGUUCUGAAAUUCUAUCAAGCACGACGUACUCUCUUUCUUUCUCUCAUUCAAUAGAGUUUAGAUCUUUAUUUUUUGCACCGAAUACGGGAUAAUCACUUGGCUUUGCGGAGGAGUUUUUGAUUACGCAUUGAUUUCGUUGCACAGCGAGAAAUUGGCUGCAUGCAACGGAGCAACUGCAUGUUCUUUGGUUUUGUGUGCUGUAGGAGAGUUUGUGUUUGAUAAAUUGCCGAAAUACAGAUUCAGAAGAAAACGACGACGACGACGACGACAUAAAAAUAACAAAUCAAAUCCGAAGUAAAUGUAGUUCGUCUCGUUGUUCGAUAUUUAAAACAUCAUGUACGCCAAUUCGUAUAAAUAGACCACAUAAAUUGAAUUCAAGGAAAAAAGGAGAUAACGAAUAAUAACAAAAUUGAAAAAAAAAAAACAGCUGAAUCAGCUGAAUAGUGCACAUAAAGUUUUGUAUUUUUUUUGUAGAAAAAAGAAAGAAAAAAAAACGAAUUUUCGACAACAUUUUAUUACAUCUACGUCGUCGAGAAAAAUUCAUAAGCACUGAUUUUCGUUGCUUCUUCUCUUGUUUCGCUUUUUCUUUCGUUCUUCUUGUGUGUGCUUUUUUGUGGUUCAUUCAAAAUUUAAGUAUUCGUUGUACUUGCAAUCAGCAUUCAGUUUUUUCGGUGAGUCGACCAUUCGAGACGGGAGUUUUCUUUCACGUUCGAACGUUACAUUCUAAUUACAUGGUUGCAAAAAACAAGUUGACUCUUUGUUUGCAUUGAGAGACUCUCAGCGAGCGAGCGCAUCGUGACUCUUCGAGUUUAUUAUUUUUCGAACCAAGUGAAAAUCGAUCGCCCCCGAAAAAGAAAACGCCAAAACGUAAACAGUUUGGUUUGUGUCAUUUGCAUUUGUUCGACGUGAAGAUUGUGUGUGCAUCUCGAUCGAGGCUUGUGGGCUUGAACACGAACACAGUGUGUUAGGUGGAAGGCAGUGAAACUCAAAACGAUGACCUCGAGAACGCGCGAAUUUUUAAUUGAUCUUGAACGUGACGGGCCACAAACGCCAUGGGGAAUCCGUUUAGUGGGUGGAAGUGAUUUGAACACACCGCUCAUUAUAACAAAGGUUCUCGCUGGAACUCCAGCCCAUGGACGUUUGGUGCGAGGCGAUGUGAUUGCCAAGAUUCAGGAAUAUGAUGCACGCGAUAUGCGAAAUAUUGAUGCUCAAAAUCUGUUUCGUUCGGCCAGCAAUCGCAUUCGAGUGGUGGUUCAUCGUGACAGUAAAAUGGUCGUCGCAUCGAAUAUGCGAAAUGAUGGCCAAAAAUCACGCAGCCCAUCGGCUAUACCACCGUAUCGCCACGACAUAAAUUUGCUGCAAUACGAUUUCAAUGAACAAGCGGAACAGGCCGCAUUAUUAUUGCCACAAACCAAUUUUAAUGCAGCCAGCGACAAUGGAUCAUCGCGACCAAAUUCACGGAUUUCAAAUUUCAGCCCAAUGCCUACCAGAGAUCAUCAACAAGAAGUGCUUGAAGAACAAGUUGCCAUCACAUCUCAGCCAUACCGUACGACUCCAUUGAUUUUGCCAGGAGCCAAGGUAAAGAAGGAAGUCGUUCCCAAUGAAUGCUACUUGAGACACCAUCCAAAUCCAUCGAUGCGUGGCCGUGCGCCACAUGUCGAAGAGAACUUCUUGCGGCAAAAACAUGGCGACAAUUAUCUUAACCGCGUUGUAGGCGACACUGGAAACAAGAUUGCCCAUAAGCAAUUCAACUCUCCAAUUGGUCUUUACUCGGACGGCAACAUCGAACAAACGAUACGCUCAACAGUUCCACACACCACACCCAUUUUCAUUGAUCUGUCGUUUCUGGAAGAAAAGAAUAGAAUUCUUGCGGAGCAACAACGUAAACAACGCAUUGCACAGCAAAAUCGACUAGGACGCACUCACAACUAUCAACCGUUCAGUUUCAAUCAUCCGCCAUCACAUUAGCUUCUUAAAAUUCACACACGACAGACAGACACACACAGAUCGAACAACCACAUGAAACAUUGAACAUUUUUUUAUUAAUAUCAAAAUGUAAAAACGCUCACAUUGGUGACUAAUCGCAACGUAUUUUCCGAUCGGUAAAAUGCGAACGUUCCAUGCAGUGGAUUAAAAACGAAAUUGACACAUUUUCAUGAAGAAAAAACAAACCACACCGAAAUUUAUUUUUGAUAUUUAAAUAAAUUCGAAUGAGAACGCCCUCCAGCACACAACUGUUUAUUCGCAAGAUUUGAAUAAUCGUCAGUUUUUUUUUGUUUCUGGGACCAAUCCAUUGAAUGGUUUAAUUAAAUGAUUUGAAAACACGGCCGUAAAUUCAAAAUUUCACGCGAUUUACAUUUGGCCCACAAUUUGGCAUACCACCAUUGCAAGUGUUUAUUGGCAUUUGUUUCGUUGUAUAUAUAAAUAAAAUUGCUUUGAGCCAGAUGAGCUAACAUAGAAAAGUACAGACUUGCACAAAGUGAAUGUUGACAUUGUUUGCGGUGCAAUAUGACAGAUUGUGGGUGUGAUUCGGACCGAUAUCCUUAUCAACAUCCAGCAUUAUUAACAUCAACUGUUAAAAAAAUUUACCGUCAAUUCCCAUUCGAUUUUAUGCAUUUUAAUGUCAACAUUUGUUAAUUUCAAACCAAUUGCUCAAAGCAAAUAAAAUGUAGCUUAAAUUAACGAAUCAGUUUUUGUUGACCUACGAAGAAAGAGAACAUGAUCUUUUUUCAAGCAGCAUCACCUUGAUGUUGAUUUGAUCAUUUUGUACACAAUUCGGAAUUAUUUGAAAUAGUUGAUCAAAUCACGUAGCUACUAACAUUGUGCACAAAAUACCUCGCUUUCUAUGCAACCGUGCACUAUUUUUAGCCAUUUAGUAAUUAACCAAUGUGUAAUUGACAUAAUUAUCUUUAAUGUCGCAUUGUAAUUGUUAUUUUUUUUUCUUGAUUUUGUUUGAUUUUAAUUUAUUUGUAUUUCCUUGAUUAUAAAAUAAUGCCCACAA